AUGAAGGCAACACUUUUGGCACUCGCUGCCAUCGGCGCGCAAGCCUGCCAGCGUGAACGUGCAUUCCAACAUCACCCCCAUAAGCAUGUAAAGCGGCAAUCCGUUUUUCCUCCAGCCUUGACACCCAAUGAAGAGAUAUUGCUGAACUCCUUUGAUUCCGUAUCGAUAUCGGAAUGGUCAUACUACUAUACUCAUGGCCAGCAUUUAGCUGGUCAGAACGAGUCGAUGGCACAGUGGACCGCCGACAAAUGGUCCGAAUACGGCUUCACGUCAAGACUCGACGAAUACUAUGUUUUCCUCAACUAUCCUAUAUCGAACUCGCUGCAGCUCACAUACUCCAAUGGUAGCACAUACACCCCUACCCUUCUGGAAGAUGUACUGGAAGAGGAUGAGACAACCAGCUAUCCCAACAGCGUUCCGGUCUUCCAUGGCUAUAGUUUCACUGGCAACGCAUCUGCAGAAUACGUUUACGUCGGAAGAGGCCAGCAAGUCGAUUUUGAUCGCCUCGAGGCUCUUGGUGUCGAGCUUGAGGGCAAGAUCGCACUGGCAAAGUAUGGUGGCCCAUUCCGUGGUCUUAAGGUUAAGAAUGCGCAGGAUCAUGGUAUGAUCGGUGCUGUGAUCUUCACUGACCCUGGCGAUGACGGGAACAUGACUGAAGCAAAGGGAGUGGCUCCAUACCCUCAUGGCGGUGCGAGGAACCCUUCAACUGUCCAACGUGGAUCCGUCCAGUUCUUGUCUACUUAUCCCGGAGAUCCAACUACUCCUGGUUACGUUUCCAAGCCCGAUUCUCCGCGCGCAGAUCGUACCGACAUCACUCCACAGAUUCCGUCUCUACCUAUUUCUUGGAUUGAAGCACAGCCCCUUCUACAGGCACUUAACGGUUUUGGAACCAAUGGCACCGAAGUCAAUAGGACGCGUUGGAUUGGGGCUAUUCCCGGAGUUGACUACUUCACAGGUGAGGGAUCUGGUGCAUCCCUAUCAAUGAGCAAUGUGAUGAACGACACCUACGGCACCAUCUGGAAUGCCGUUGGUAUCAUCAACGGUACGCUCGAAGACGAAGUCGUGAUUGUGGGUAACCAUCGCGACGCUUGGAUCGUUGGUGGUGCUGCUGAUCCCAACUCUGGAUCUGCUGUACUGAUCGAGUUAGCCAAGGCAUUUGGCGCCCUUUCUGAGACAGGUUGGAAGCCGCUGCGAACAAUUGUCCUCUGCAGUUGGGACGCCGAGGAAUACGGUCUCGUCGGAAGUACUGAGUGGAUGGAGGAGUACAUCCCCUGGCUCAAGAACGCCGCGGUAUCCUACCUCAACAUCGAUGUCGCUGUCAGUGGGCCCAUCCCGGACGUCUCAGCGACCCCAGACCUACACGCUAUCGCUACCAGUUUGAUGAAGAAGGUCGUGUACCCUUACCGCAAUAACACUGGCCUUACCAUGUUCGAUGUCUGGUCGCACGAGAGCGGCGAAGUCGGUGUACUAGGUAGUGGAAGUGACUAUACCGCCUUCCUCCACCGCGGUAUCGCGUCCAUCGACAUGGGUGCUGGUGGUGGUCCAGACGACCCAGUUUAUCCCUAUCACAGCAACUACGAUUCUUACCAUUGGAUGGCGACGUUCGGUGACCCUGGCUUCAUCACUCACAAGGCUAUGGGUCAGUUCCUCACCCUACUCUUGUACCACAUGGUAUCCGACCCCGUCGUGCCCCUCGAGCCAGCGGACUACGUCUCAGAGUUCAACACGUAUCUUGAAGAUCUCGAGACGGAGAUCAGCAGCAGUAACUUCACUGUCGACCUUACGAAUCUCACCGCCGCUAUUGCCCAGUUUGAAACGUCAGCCCAGGAGUUUGUUGACUUGAGGGCUCAAGCUGUUGCUGCGAAUGAUACUGAGCUCAUCACUGUACAGAACCACAAGGCGCGGGAUUUCUCCAGGGGCUUUACUUCGCAGGGUGGUUUGCCCACCAGGGAGUUUUACCAGCACACCAUAUUUGCCCCUGGCCGCGAUACGGGAUAUGCGCCUGUGACCUUCCCGGGUAUCACAGAGAGCAUCACUUUUGAUCAGGAUGCAGAGUUGGCCCAGGAGUGGGUGCAGAAGACUAGCAGCGCGAUUCUGGUUGCUGCCAGCAUCUUGAAAACGUAA